AUGUCACAUUUAAUAGUAAUAGUAACAGCUGUUUUAAUGCUUUUAUUGUUGAAUAUUAGUUACAUUCAUUGUGAAAAUGAUCCCGACACAUAUGUUUGGCCAACUUCAGAAGGAGGGAAUGGUCACAUAUACAAAGGAUUAUUUUUGGCUACUCCUUCAAUCAAAGAGGCGAUUCGCCGAUGUGAAAGUUCCAAAAGCAGUACUUUUAAUUCAUAUCUUGUCACAAUUGAAUCAAAACAAGAAUGGGAUUUUAUUAAAACUCAUUGGUCACAACCUAUGAUAUGGGUCUCCGGUCAAGACAUCAGAGGCAAUGGGAAUUAUUCCUAUUCAACUGGACUAGGAACCAAUCAACCACUAUUUAAUAUGUAUACUGGUCAAAGUUGGGGAUAUUGUCCAUUCAAUGCAGGUGAACCAUCUUUAACUCUUGCUGCUAAAGAUCAAUAUAUUUACAUCAGAAGACCGACUUGGAAUUUUAAUAAUGAUAAUGGUUAUAAUGAUCUAGUUUAUACAGCAAUAUGUGAAUUACAACCGAUUUCAGAGGUAUAUGUCCCAUCAAUUGGUACAAAUGGAGGAUCAAUAACAAUCAACAAUCUAACGCAAUUCAACACACAAACAAUCAACAUUACAUUUUUCAAUCCAUCCAAACAACUCUCGAAAUCAUGUCAAAUAACUAAAACAAAUGAAACAUCAGCCACUUGUACAGUCCCACGUCUAUCUGGAUUUCAUAAUGUCACUGUUCAAGAUGAUAGUGGAGUCAACUCAACACACUAUGCAUGGCAACCAUAUCCACCAUUUAUUAAAGCUGUCUAUCCAUCAUUCACUGCUAAUGGAUUGGUUACACUGAUUGGUGAUAACUUUGGUGAUAACACCAAUAAUACGGUAUCUGUCAGAGUCUCAACAUCAGAUAUUCCAUGUCAUAUUACUUUUGUUUCGUCAAAUCAGAUUUUUUGUAAACUCGAAUCAUCUCUUGUUGGAGAUACCAAACUACUUCCGAUUUCAAUUUCAGUUGAUAAUGUUUAUACUCAAACCUAUAAACCUUAUAUUUUAUGUGACAAACAAUUCUAUUCAACCAUUCUAUUUGGUGGAGAAUAUGAAACAGUCAAUCAAGUAAUGAUUGACAAAGUAACAAUGGGAGCAACUCCAAAUGCUCCGUAUAUUGGUGCAAUAGAAUCUGAAGAAAUCCACAAAUGUUUUAGUCAAUCAUUGAAUAUCAAAGACUACCCUAAAUUUAGAUUUUGGCAGGGUGUCUCAUACAACAGUAAUAGUAACAGUUUUACAAGAAAUAAUGGUCCAUUCAAAGGGACACCAUCUCGAUUAUAUUCUCGUAAUUCUGCGAAUAUGUAUCAAUCAAAUAAUAUUCUAUAUGAUAUUUAUGAUGCAAUGGUAGUGCCAUCAGAGAUUGAAGAUGUUAGUUAUUACACACCAUUGAUCGCAUUUAAUAUAACCGAUGCACCGAUGAUUGACAAUAUUACUAGUAUUAUACCUGGACAUCCAUCACAGAUUACGAUCAAUGGUAAUCGUUUUGGAAAAGAUAGUUCAUAUGUUUUGAUUUCGAUUCAAGGAAGUCAAUGUAAAUCACCAAUGUUUAUUGAAAACAACUAUCAACAAAUUACUUGCUCAUUGGAUAGUGUUGAACCUUAUUCAACCGAUCUAAAUUAUACUAUUACAAUUGGAGUUGGUGGAAUGCUUACAACCAAAGUUGUAUCUCUUGCGAAAGAUUGUCUUAACAAUUGCUCGGCACAUGGCAUUUGCAAUACCACGUUUGGGACAUGCAAAUGUAACAGUGGUCAUGAACCCCUAUUGGAUUGUUCAUCAUUCGUUAAUCGUAGUCAGUUACUAAACACAACCGUUUGGGAUAACGGCAGGUCACUUUUAUCAACAGACCAAACGAUUAGUGGUGUGAUUGUCAAUUUCACAACUGGUAUACAAUUCAUUCGUGAAAUCAAUCACGAGAAAUUGGUCAUUAAAACCAUAUCAAUUGACAAUCUCGUGUGGACGAAAGAGGAGGAGAAGACAUCUGCUGGUGAAUCAGUAUUUACUACAAGAAUGUUCAAUCAACGCACACUAUUACAGGUCAUGGUUGGUCAAUACCAAGACACCAACACCACUUCAUUUUUAGGUGAGGAUAUUCAAGUAUCACCAAAUUCAGUCAAAUAUCGAAUCAAAAUCAUUAAUUGGGUAUGGUCAUCACCAAUCAACACACUGCAGGUGAUAUUCCACACUCAAUCAGAUUCGGUAGAAUUUGACAAGUGUGGCAAGCUAAAAGUCAGAAGUGAUAUAUCUAGUGGUGACCAAAUUAUAUGGACCAGAGUUCAAGUUGGAAGAACACUUUUAAACUGUAAAAUAGCAAGUAGAAUGGUUAUAGACAACUCGACAAUCAUUCCAUCCAAAGUAACACUUCUCACAAACGAUGAUCCAGUCUCUCAACAAAUCUGGAAAAGUGGAGGAUUCAAUAUUUUAACGACGUUCCACAUACCCAGAUUCUCUCAAUCGGUUGAACUCGACCCCGUCUUCAACGCACUCAUUCUUGUCGAUGACUCCAACUUGCCAUAUGAGUGUACAGAAGAGACAUCUGAUCAAUGGACAGUCAUCAUGAUCUCUGUUGUCUUAUCGGUUGCAGUGUUCUCUAUAGUAGUAGUGUUAGUCAUUGUAUUCAUAAAACGACCACCAACAAACAGACCACCAAUUAGAGAAGCCCCAAUAGAAAUGGAUAUAAUUACAAGUACAGAAGAUAUCAACACCCACCAACAACAAAAUAAUAAUAAUUAA